UUGUCUACACCACAAAGUUGCAGCGCUGGUGAGGGGGUUACAGCGCUGCAACUUAGGAGGUGUACACACCUGCAGGGCAUUACCAGCGCUGCAACUCCCUGUUUGCAGCGCUGGCCGUACACCCGGUCGAACCUCGGGUGUAGAGGAUCCAGCGCUGGAUCACCAGCGCUGGUCAUCAGGUGUAGACACUCACCAGCAUUUUUGUUGACCUCCGUGGAAUAAGCAGGUAUCCCAGCAUACCUGAGGAAGCCUCUCUGGUAAUCAAGCAAACUUCACUGCCCUGUGCUCACCUGACCCCUCCUUUAAAUGCCCCGGGAAAUUUAAAAAUCCUCUUCCUGUUUGCUCAGCCAGGUGUGGAGUGCAAUUAAUCUAUCAAUCACUCAGCGACCAUGCCUCCACGCACCAAACGAGCCCCAGCAUGGACAAAUGCAGAGCUGCAGGACCUCCUUAGUGUGUGGGGAGAAGAGGCUGUGCAAACACAGCUGCGCUCCAGAAGGAGAAAUUAUGAUACGUAUGGUCAGAUAUCGCAGUCCUUGAUGAGAAGGGGCCAUUAACAGGACGCGUUGCAGUGCAGAGUAAAAAUUAAGGAGCUGAGGAGUGCGUACUGCAAAGCCCGUGAGGGAAAUCGCCGCUCAGGAGCUGCCCCCACAACCUGCAGGUUUUACAAGGAGCUGGAUGCCAUACUUGGGUGUGACCCUACCGCGAAUCCUAGGAGCACGAUGGAGAGUUCAGAGCAGGGAGAAGUGGGGGAUGGUGUAGAGGACGGAGACAGUGAGGCUACUGGCGUGGAGGGAGACACCCCGGAGUCCCAGGACACAUGCAGCCAGGAUCUCUUCUCCAGCCCGGAGGAGGCGAGCCAGUCACAGCAGCUGGAAGCUGACGGUGAGGAGGAAGCUGAGGAUUGUGCUCGUGGGACCUUGACUACUGCAGCUGUAUCACCGCCCUCACGUAGGUUGCAGAACUUGAGACGCAAUCCUAGGAAAUCAAAAGAGGAAUUGAUCAAGUCUGUUCUGAGCCACUACAACAGGGAAAGUAGGAAGACAGAGGAAUGGAGAAGCAGUGUACAGGAGUGGAGAAAGACUGUACAUGAAUGGAGGCAAACAGAAAGCAGGAGAAAGGAAUUGUGUAGGCAAACAGAAAGCAGGAGAAAGGAAUUGUGUAGGCAAACAGAAAGCAGGAGAAAGGAAUUGUCUGCUAAAAAAACAACAAAGCAGAUGAUAAGCCUCCUGUCUCGCCAAACUGAGUCUUUCGAGUCUCUUGUAGCCAUGCAGACAAAUAUGUACCGUGCUAACCCACAGCCCUCCCAAAGCCCUCUUCCUUGUCACCCUGUAUAUUCACAAACCAACUUUCUCCAGCAGCCAGUUCCUUAUUAUCCCCAGCUGCCCCCAACACCUAUAAGAUCACCUACUAGCCCUGAUAACUAUAAUUCUUACCCUGUUCACUCCACCCCCAUCAUUCUGCAGCAUAGUAAUGCUGAAGUGCAACAGACAGUGAAUAUUGGUCAAAAUAGGACAUAG